AUGAACAGCAAAGACACCACGCCCAUGAUCAUCGCUCUCCACGGCCUAUCCGGCGGCUCGCACGAAGUCUACCUGCGCGAAACCCUCGCGCCCCUAACAGCCUCCGGAUGGGCAGCAUGCGUCGUCAACGGCCGCGGCUGCGCCCUUUCAAAAGUCACGACGCCGCAAUUAUUCAACGCACGCGCGACGUGGGAUGUGCGGCAGACGAUCGCCCACCUGCGUGAACUGUAUCCGAAUAGGCCGCUCUACGCCGUCGGGUUCUCACUCGGCGCAAACAUACUGACCAACUACGUCGGCGAGGAGGGCGACAAGUGCAUGCUACGAGCGGCCGUGGCGUGCAGUAAUCCGUGGAAUCUGGAUGUUUGUAAUGUCGAGUUGCAGCGCACUUGGGUGGGGUUGGAGAUUUAUGCGCGCACCAUGGGCGCGAAUUUGAAGAAGUUGUUUGUGCUGCAUAGGGAGCAGAUUUUGAAGAAUGAAGGGGUGGAUGAGGAUAAAGUUAUGGGGAGUCGCUAUCUUUUCGAGUUUGAUAGGCAUGUGCAGUGUCCUACUUGGGGGUAUCCGACCGAGGGCGCGUACUAUAGGGAUAGUGAGAGUGUGGAUGCGUUGUUGGGAAUUUCGUCCAAGGCUGCUAUUCCGUUCGAAGAGUUCAAGCAGAACCCGUACGCUGUGUUGUGUACCACCAACUGGGGCGGCCAUCUUGGAUCAUUCCAGCUGGGUGGCGGGAGGUGGUUCGCAACAGCGGCCUCAUCGUUCCUGGCCAAGGUACACGAAGAGAUCGACCACGAGGCGUCGCAGACCAAGAUCCAGGAGACCAAGAUCGAUACGCCGGGGAAGAAGUACCCCAUUUACGAUCCGAACAACCGACGCCUGAUAUUGCCCGACGCAUAG